ACCUUCGACUAUAUAAACUCACAUUCCUAAAGUUUCUGCAGUUGCAAUGUGGUUAAAGUUCUUGGCCUGGCUUACGCUGAUUCAGCUGCUGAAUGGCGCACCUAACAAGGAAUUGGGCAGAAUCUAUGCUGGCAAGACGGUGCCUGUUAGGGAUUAUCCAUUUCUGGUGGCACUGCGACGUGGCAGAAAAUUCAUAUGCGGUGGAACUCUCAUUUCGCCAACUUGCGUGUUGACUGCUGCUCAUUGCCUGGAGAACCGUGAUCAGGUGCAGGAUUUGUAUGUUCAUGCGCAGCAACAAUGUGUGGAAGAUGUGUCACCUCUUCCACAUGUACGCCAAGCGUGGUUCUCUCUGGUGUCGCCCCAAUAUGGAAUGCGAGGCUACGACUCGGAUAUUGCCAUUCUCAAAUUGUAUCAACCCUUCGACAUUGCUGGCAAGGCGAGCACCAUUCAAGUUGACUUUAAUGAGCUGCCGGAACAGGCAAAUCUCACAAUCAUUGGCUGGGGACAAAUUGGACAGGGCUGCAACUGGAAUCAAUGUCUCCAAGGAGCUAAUGUUACCAUGAUGAAGCAACAGGAGUGCGUCCAACGCUUGGGUGUUCUUGGUCCCUUCACCAGCAAUAUGUUUUGUGCCUUGGGCCAAAAUUGUUCCGAUGCGUGUCUUGGUGAUUCUGGAGGUCCAGUUCUUUAUGCCGGACGCACAGCAGGCAUUGUCUCCUGGGGCGUUGGCUGUGGCUCCGGUUAUCCUGGUGCCUAUACGAGACUUAGUAGUCUAUCAAUGACCAUGUUCGUGAAGAGCAUGAUGCUGAAGCACUGCUAAAUUGCAUUUCUUAAUUCUUUAAUUAGAUUAUUCCACCUAUUUAAGUUACUUUUCAAUUCAGUCAUCAAUUUUGUGAUCCAAUUUUAUAUUAUCCAAUAUCAUAUUUCAUUAACUCUGUUUUCAAUUUUUGUUAUGUAUUUUUGCAUCACUAAUUUUAGUUUCCAAAUUAUCAUCUCGAUCUUUUGUCAUACUUUCUAUUAUCUCACUCAAAUAGUACGAGUAAUAUCUAUUAAAUGAUAUUGUGCAGGUAAGGUUCUUUGAAAUGGUUACUUUCAAUUACAGAUUGUUAUUGGCAUAAAGCGUACAAUAAUAAAUUGGUUUAGAAUUGUAG